GUACAUGGCCCCCGAUCCAUCGGCUCACGCGCAGCAGCACUACGGCCGCCAUGACGGCGGCUAUGUCGCCGUCAAGCAAGAGGAGCAAGAGGAUUACCGACACGACAGUGGUGAGAACAAGCAGUAGCGCGCCAGCCCCUGUCCGCAGUCGUAAAGCCGUGCCUCUCCUUUCUCCCUCUGGUCUGGACAGGUAACUCGUGUGUGAGUAUGAGUUUGCAUCUGGCCCACAUGCCGCCCCCCGGCCUCGCCCCUCCCGCCGCACGCCCCGAUACCAUGCCGCCCAACCUGCACGAGCCACUCCAGCCGGCGUCGCAGGUGUCACGCAAUGAGUCGGACGUCAGGGGUGCAAAGAAGGAGGCGGAGGGGAGCGAGCUGGAUGGUUGGAUGUAUGCAUGACAAAGGGCCACG